AUGUCUGAUAAAUAUAGACCACCACCUUCAGGGCCAAGGUCUCAAAGAAAUUAUAGUUCAUCAUAUGGUUCAUCAUCAUCAUCAUAUUCAAAGGAUACAUACAAACCAAGUGGUCCAAGGCGAUAUAAUAACAACAACAACAACAACAACAAAAAUGAACGCGAUAGUUAUAGAACAGAUGUCUAUAAACCUACACCUUCACCAUCACUCGAAGAAGCAGCAGCAUCAUCAUCAUCAUCAUCAUCACCAUCAACUACUGUUAAACCAUUAUCAACUCAAUCACCCAUAAGACCAUCAGGUCCAUCAAAAUAUAGAGAACGAGAUAAUUCAGCUCCAAGUACAGAUAGAGAUAUUGGAUCGAAAAGACCCAUGAUACCUUCUGGACCAAGUAGUUUUAAGAAACAACAAAGAGAUUAUUCUUCAUCGUUUGUGGGUAGAAGGCCAGAAGGUCCAAAAGGGUUUGCACCACCCAAAGGACCAAGAGAAUUCCAAAGACCUACUUCAAGUGGUUCAAAUAGAUAUAUACCAUCAUCAUCAUCUCAAUCAAUCGAAUUACCAAAAUUAUCGCCAUCACAAAUUUAUUCUAUCAAAGUUACUAGAUCAUCUAAAAUAUUUGACAAAGUUCAACAAGUUGGAGAAGGUACUUAUGGAAAAGUAUAUAAAGCUAAAAACAAUAUAACUAAUGAUUAUGUGGCUUUAAAGAAAUUAAGAUUAGAAACAGAAAGAGAAGGAUUUCCUAUAACUUCCAUUAGAGAAAUUAAAUUAUUACAAUCCUGUGAUCAUCCUAAUAUUGUUGGAUUAUUAGAAAUGAUGGUUGAAAAUAAUCAAAUUUAUAUGGUGUUUGAUUAUUUAGAUCAUGAUUUAACUGGUUUAUUAACUCAUCCUGAUCUUAAUUUAAAAGAAUGUCAUCGAAAAUUUAUAUUUAAACAAUUAAUGGAAGGUUUAAAUUAUUUACAUAAAAAGAGAAUCAUUCAUCGUGAUAUAAAAGGAUCUAAUAUUUUAUUAGAUUCAACUGGAUACCUUAAAAUAGCUGAUUUUGGAUUGGCAAGAAGCAUGAAGAUUUUAAAUGAUGGUGAAAGUCCUGAUUAUACUAAUAGAGUUAUAACAAUUUGGUAUAGACCCCCAGAAUUAUUAUUAGGAGCUACUGAUUAUGGUACCGAAAUUGAUAUUUGGGGUGUUGGUUGUUUAUUAAUAGAAUUAUAUUCCAGAAAUGCUGCUUUUCAAGGUUAUGAUGAAGUUAGUCAAUUAUGUAAGAUUUUUAAUGUAAUGGGUACUCCAACAAAAGAAGAUUGGCCUAAUAUUCAUAAUUUACCAUGGUUUGAGAUGUUGAAACCAAAAGUUAAUGUGUCAUCCAAAUUUAAUUCCCUUUAUAAAUCAAUCAUGAGUCCUCUUGGUUUUGAUUUAGCAUCUAAAUUAUUGGCGUUAGAUCCAAUAGCUAGAUUAUCUGGUGAGGAAGCUUUAGCCCAUAGUUAUUUCAUUGAAGACCCUCAACCAGAACCAUUAACUUUCUUGAAAGAUAUCAAAGGUGAAUGGCAUGAAUUUGAAACUAAAAAGAGAAGAAGAAAGGAAAGAAAGAGAUUACAAGAUGAAGCCAAAGCUAAACAACAACAGCUUGCAAGAACAGAAAGUACUGUUGGUGAUAAUUCAAUGAAAACUGAUGUUGACAGUGUUUCAGAAACCUUGAAGAAAACUAAAACUGAAUCUGAAUUCAACAAGGAAGAUCCUAAUGAUAUACCUAAAUCUGACAUUGAUACAGGGAAGUCUGAAAUAGAUGAUGGUACCAAAUCAGAAAUGGAAGUUGAUGAUGACGAGACAGUAUAUGCCGUCAAGGAAGUUAUUGAGAUUGAUUAG